AUUUCUUGUGCUUUCUUUAUUUUAAAUCUUAAACCCCAAAUUCAACUCAUAACCUAACCACCAUCUAUAUAACUCCUCUCUCAUUCAAUUGCAUCUUCUUUCUUCUUCAACAUUGUUCUCUCCACCCACCACACACUCCAUUCCAUUCAAACCCUAAAAUCAAAUCUCCACCAUGACUUCCACCAUUCCCACUUCACCAUCAUUCUCCAUCCUCUCCUUCAAUCCCACAAUCACCAAUACUCCUUCACAGUUCCCUCCUAAUCUCCCUCUCCGCCACCGUCGACUCACCGUCAGAGCCCACUCUUCCAACUCUCCCGUUCUUCACCACCUCAAAAACAUCGCCGGAGCAGCAGUCUUCACCGCCGCAACCGUUGCCGCCGCCCUCACAUUUUCAUCUUCCCCCGCCAGAGCCGAACCACCGCCUACACUCACCGAAGUCCUCAACGAAACUGAAACCGAAACCGAAACAGACGCAGUUCUCGUCGACACCGGAAUCGAAUCGGACGCACUUCUCGCUGACACCGACACCGGAACCGAAACAGACGCAGUUCUCGCCGACUCCAACACCCGAACAACAUCGCCUCUGUACGAUGAAUCUUCAUCACCGGAAGUUCUGAAGUCUCUUCUUCAGCAGAAGCUCGAAUUCGGGGAGGACGAAGAGGCAUUAAAGAUCCUCAAACUCUUGAUCUCAUCACAACCAGAGAUAACUGACUGGAAAUUCACCGCAGCAAGGUUAACUACCGAAAUAGGAGAUACUGAUAGCGCUCGAACUUUCUACGAGGAUAUCCUAAAGUCAAACCCGCUUUCUUUCGAAGCGCUUUUUGAAAACGCGCUUUUAAUGGACAGUUGCGGAGAAGGGGAGGCUGUAAUUGAAAGGCUUGAAGAUGCUAUGAGAGUUGCAGUGGAAGACAGUAAGGAAAAGGAAGCGAGGGAUGUGAAGUUGAUAAUGGCUCAGAUUCUGUUUCUACAGAAGAAUGUUGAUGAAGCUUUGGGUAUCUAUGAGGUAUUAAUCAAAGAAGAUCCUAAUGAUUUUAGACCUUAUUUUUGCAGGGGAAUGAUUUAUACAUUGCUUGAUAAGAAUGAUGAGGCUAAGGAGCAAUUUGCAAAGUAUAGGGAAUUGUCACCUAAGAAGUUUGAGGUUGAUGGUUACUUGAGAACACCUUUGUCAAAGAUCAAAGAUUUUGGUACUCAUCAAAGCUAGAGUAAUACUAAUAGUAGUAAAUUAUAGCUAUAGUUAUUAUAGUAGGGUUAAUGAUAAAUAAAUCUGAGGUCUUUUUGCAAUUGGUUUGAAUAAAACAAGGUUGGUUCUUCUCUUUACCCGCACCUUAGUUGAAUUAUUUAACUUUAGUGAUAGAGAUAUAAUAAGGAUGAGAAUUGAAUCAGUUAUAUUGAACUCCACUGCACUUUUUGUGUAAUUGGUAACUGGUUUUUGGGGAUGAUUUGUAAUCUGCAUUUGGAGGGGUAGUUCCUAGCCACAUGUUGUAACAAAGGGCUUGCUUUCUUGCCAAGAUUCUAUGUAUUAAGGAAACUUUAUUUAUGCCAACUGAAUUCCAUUUUUGCA